UCUCAAGAAUUGUUAUGGCAUACCAUCAGUCCUCUACAAGGGUUGCCAGGGAAAUUACUACAUUCUUGUGAGUCUAAUUGUUCGAUAAAAAACUUGGCAGGCGAGGGGAGGGUUGUACAGCUUUAGGUAAUGGAUAUGCUUGGUCCUUCCCUCUGGGACGUUUGGUAUUCACAGGGACAUGAGAUGUCAGUUCGUAUGGUUGCUUGUAUUGCUGUUGAGGCCAUAUCAAUUCUUCAGAAUAUUCAUUCCAAAGGCUUUGUACAUGGUGAUAUUAAACCUGAAAACUUUUUGCUUGGUCAACCUGGAUCAGCUGAUGAGAAGAAGCUUUUCCUGAUUAGUUUCGGUUUAGCAUCCAACUGGAAAACAAAAGGAGGAGCAUCCAGUAUGCAUGUUCAAUACGAUCAGAGGCCAGAUACCUUUAGGUGGACAAUAUAUGCUAGUGUCCAUGCCCAUUUAGGUCGUACAGGCAGUAGGAGGGAUGAUUUGGAGUCACUAGCAUACACCCUUAUAUUUUUGUUAAGAGGAGGCUUACCAUGGCAAGAAUGUCAGGGUUAUAACCAGAACUUCCUUUUUUUUAAGUUAAACUGUAACAGCUGCAAGAACUUUCUUGUUUGUAAGAAGAAAAUGGAGACUUCUCCAGAGAUGCUGUGUCACUUCUAUCCAGCUCCAUUCAAACAUUUUCUUGAGAUGGUCACUAAUAUGGAAUUUGAUGAAGAGCCAAAUUAUGCAAAACUUAUUUCUCUCUUUGAUAGUCUGAUCGAAGUGCUUGCUUCAAGACCCAUCAAAAUAGAUGGAGCUCUGAAGGUUGGGCAGAAACGUGGAAGAAUGGUUGUAAAUCUUGAAGAAGAUAAACAGCCUAAGAACAAAGUUCGGUUGGGGAUCCCAGCAACUCAAUGGAUUUCGGUUUAUAAUGCUAGACGGCACAUGAAGCAGCGAUACCACCAUAAUGUAGCCGAUUCAGAGUUAAAUCAGCAUAUAGAGAAAGGCCAUGAAGAUGGCUUGCACAUCAGUUGUGUCGCUUCUUCAGCAAAUUUUUGGGCUCUCAUCAUGGAGGCUGUGACCAGCUUUGGUUCUCAAGUUUAUGAGCUUUCACAAAUUUUCCUUCGCAAGGAUUGGAUUAUGGAGCAGUGGAAGAGGAACUUUUACAUAACAGCGAUAGCUGGAGCAACCAAUGGAAGCUCAUUGGUUGUAAUGUCCAAAGGAACUCCAUACACACAUCAGUCAUACAGGGUCGGUGAAUCUUUUCCUUACAAGUGGAUUAAAGAAAAGUGGGCAGAAGGUUUGCAUGUUACAUCUAUGGGUACUGCUGGAAAUUGUUGGGGAGUUGUCAUGUCAAGGAAUUCAGGUUACUUGGACCAGGUUGUAGAGUUAGAUUUUCUAUAUCCAAGCGAAGGACUCCAUCAGCGAUAUAAAGCUGGUUACAGGAUAACUUCAUGUGCAGCCACGGCUGACCAAGCUGCGUUUAUCAUGAGCACAGCCAAGACGAAGCCAAUCGACGAAGUUUGUCUAAUUUCUGACUUCCCCAGCAAGGAUAUACAGGAACAGUGGGAAAAUAACCUAUACGUCACCUCGAUCUGCUAUGGGCGAACCGCUUGUUGAUGGCCAUGUACGAUCUCCAAGGCGAAUUCGAACGAUUUAUAAAGUUGGCCUCGGUAGGAUUUAUUUUGGGGAUUUUGAAUUGCAAAUGACUGGCGCUGGCAUCUUGCAUUGAGGUACCUAGCCCUCAUUGUCAUGGGUUGUUUUACCAUCGGAUUGUCCAUAAGCUAAGGUCACAUUUGCCAA